ACCAGCCUUGUCUUGGAAAGAGCUCAGUGUGGUCCUGGGCUCCCUGCGAAUGUGAUCUACAUUACUCCGACCACCUUUUUUUGAUAAAAUGGCAUACAACGAGACCAAUGUCAAUUUGGAAAUAUGGAAAUUUAUUAACGUAGGCGACCUGGUCCUGGCCUUCUGCUUGUCCAUGCUGGUGGGCCUGCUCAUUGGAGCCCUGAUCUACAUCCUACUGACGUGGAUGUCCAGACGCAGAGCCUCUGCCCGGAUAACGCAGCGGCCCAAACAACAACGCUCCAGUGCCACCCGAUCACACAACAACAGGAUGGGUCUCUACCGAAGCACCGUGUUCGACCGGCGCAGCGACAACAGUGUGGGGCCCGGGGUCCUCAGCCUGUACAGACAGCCCUCCGUCGAGCCUGUUGGCCCCUUGGGCAGCAAGCCCAGCUACCAGGCCUCCACCUUCCGCCCCGCGCCGAAGGGCAGCAGAGGUCAAGGGUCAGGAGACGACAACCAGGCCACCUUGCCGCAUGAUACGGUGGUCGCUAAUUCAGAGGAUUCAACCUUGACUGCUUCCCUGGUGCAAGGCAAGAGGAACUCCUUCUGGUUGGGUAACAAAGGCCUUAGAGGCUUCUUGCCCUCCCAGGCCCCUCCCCCAGCAUAUGACAGUGUCAUAUUAGCCUUUCAAGAGACUUGUACCUGAUUCUGUCAUCAAAGACAGAGGACAUUACAGAAUGGGACUGCAGUGGACAAUAUGGGUUGCACACCUACUGGUCACUAGAGGAAUUGUUUUAAGGUAUUGUUGAGGUCUCUGUAUUGGAGAGGUUUGGAGGACCUUCCGGUUCAAUGAUCCCCUCUUGUCAGUCUGCUAUGAGUUGUGAGUAUUUUUGAUGUUGGUAGAAGUGGAAUCAUGCAUAAAGAUUGUUUUACGCAUAAAGGAAGCAAAAAUAAUUCAAUUGAUUUUUUUGCGUUGUGUUAAAUUCUAUACGGCAUGGAAUACAUAAUUUGUAUUAAUCCGGCAUCCUGACUAUUCGAGUACACAGUGUCUUCAGUUUUUCAACGACAGUUGUCCACAACUAAUCACGAUUCAAUAGUUUACAAGAGAGAAAUACAUUUUGUACACUGGAUGUUUUAUUCCUCCCUUCAAAUCUUGCAGAUUUGCUACUUAAACAAUGAACAUUAUGUGAUGUUUCAUGUGUUGAUUUCCAUCAAAUGCUUUUAGGUAACUUGCUGUUCUGUAGUCGUCAUAAAAUGACUUCCCUAUUUGUCAGGAAUACAGUGUGCAAGGUGUGAAUGCCUAUUCAUUAUGCAAAGAAAACACGAAUACAUUUCAGUACUGGCUACCGAAAUGAUGUUGGCAUAGACACAAUGAUAUCCCCACUGCUCAAUAAAUAAAUAACUUUAUUGAAAUUUAA